CCGCAUCCCUGCCCGGCUUCCUCCGGCAUCCCGACCCGGCUCCCUCCCGCAUCCCUGCCCAGCUCCUGUCCGCAUCCCUGCCCGGCUCCUGUCCGCAUCCCUGCCCGGCUUCCUGCCCGCAUCCCUGACCGGCUCCUGCCCGCAUCCCGACCUGGUUCCCAGCCGGCGAGAGGCGCUGCGGGAGCGCGGCUGCGGGGCCGGAUCGGCAGCGGGAGAGGUGCGGGGGGACGUGGUGGAGGCGGCUCCGCUCCCGGCGGGGCGGCUGGGCUGGAGCCACCCCCGGGAGCCGCGGGAGGAGCGCGGUGGCGGAGGGGUGACAGGCUGGCUGUCGCGGGGUCGCUGCGAGCCUGCCCCGUGUGAGAGCGGGGCUGUCCGGGCUCCGUGCGGGCUGUGAGCCCCGCUCCAGGAGCCCAGCCCGCGGCAGAGGGACUUCACCUCCCGGCCCCUCAGGGCUGCGGAGCCGGCAGCAGCAGCAGCCCUCGGCGGCGGCAGCGAUGCUGCUGCUCGUACGUGAUUUGCCUCUCCUGCCGAGGUUCCUGGUAGUUUGAUAUAAAUAUACCCAGUGAUUUUGUGGCUCCAAACUACAAUUAUUCAGGAAACUGAUUCUGCACCUGUGGAUGCAAUCUGAAGGCUUGCAGUGAGCAUUGGUCAGGACCCAAGGGCAUUCAAUAACCUGGAAAAUGACUGCCUUUCCCAAGGAGGAAGCAAAGGAGAAACCUUCAUUUCUUGUAUAGCUGGAAGGAAAAGCAAAACAAUCUUGACAGACAGUUAAUUUAAAAAAACAUUUUUCAAAAUACCUCUUGACUGUGUGGAUCUUGUAACUCUGACACAAACGUGCCUUUGGACUUGUGCAAAUAAAUAAUUCAAGUAUUGAUUGGGCAAAGUGGUCAUUGAUAGAGUGACUGAAGGAUCAUGACGAAGCACCUGGAGAUCAUCAAUUUGUCAUUUUUGCUGGAGCACGAAAGGGAAACAAUAUUGGGAGUAUUGAAGAGAGAUGAGUACUUGAAAAAAGUUGAAGAUAAAAGAAUAAGGAAAUUGAAGAAUGAGCUUCUGGAAGUGAAAAGGAAAGGCAGAAACCGCCACUCUCAGCAGGAAAACAGCAGGGUCUGUGCUCGCUGCCAGAAAAGCCUGGGCUUCAUCUUUGACAGGGGAGACCUGUGCCAGAGCUGCAAACUCCGAGUCUGCAGCAUGUGCCGUGUGCUGGGAGCUGAUGGGCACUGGAAGUGCUCGCUGUGCGCCAAGAUCGCAGAGCUACGGAUAGUGACAGGAGAAUGGUUUUUUGAGGAGAGAUCAAAGCGCUUCAAACAAUCAAAUCUUGGAACUGAUGUUGUCAGACAGUCAAUCCUUCACAAAUUCCCAGACACAGUUUCCAAUGCAGAUGAAAAAAGACCAUUCAAAGAUCAACCCCAAGAGAAUGAAGAAAAAAAGCCAGAUGUACCAGUCUGCUCCUCAAAUGGGCACAAAUCUGUUUUUAGCAGACCUAGAAAGAUUGGGAGGGUUAUCAGGGCAGUUACCAAAGGAGAAAUUUCUUAUGGGGAAGAUGAAGGUGAAAGGAACCCAGGCUCAGAGGCUGAGAGCCCAAGUCUGCGUGGUGGCAGAUCAGCCCUGUGCUCUGAGAGAGGGAGCACUCUUUCCCUGGCCAGCAGCGGUGCAGGAGCUGCUGCAGGACAUGCAAGAUGCAGAGGCAGCGCUCCCAAGGCUUCCCUGGCGCGCUCUGCGGCGCUCGGUGCGCGCAGCAGGACCGUGGAUUGCAGUGGGGACACUGACUUGGAAAAUGGCAUGAUUAUUCCAGCAAGUGAAAGUGUACCUGAGGAUUUAGUAAAGAGGCACCGCAGGAAACCAUCUGGAACACCUUCCAUUGCAGUUUCCAGGGUAUCUUUGUCAUCAGACCGUAGCCGAUCUGAGAUAGAUUUGAGUGAAUCAUUCUCUGAAGGAAAUGAGGAUACCCUGAGCAUAAGAAGCAAAUCUGUACCUAGUGCCUUAGAUCAGGAACUGGGCUAUCUGGAGGAAACAGAAGAAGAUAUUGAUGACAUAGUGGCCUCUUGUUAUCCAAGAACACAUGAACAUAUGACAAGUGGAUUAUCAACAAACUCCCCAGAAGGCUCUGAGAGAAAAUGGACAUAUUUAAAUGUUCCUGAAGCAGAUGGUGAUACUACGAGCAUUAACAGCAUGACGAGUGUGUACAGUGAAACUGGUGACUAUGGCAAUGUGAAGGUCAGCGGUGAAAUCCUCCUCAAUAUCAGCUACAUCUACAAAACGGGUGCCCUCAACAUCCUGGUGAGGAGCUGCAGAAACCUGGCCAUUGCAGAUGAGAGGAAGCAAAGAACCGACCCAUAUGUCAAAGCCUACCUUCUGCCUGAUAAGUCCCGCCAAAGUAAGCGCAAGACCAAAAUUAAAAGUAACAGCACCAACCCAGAAUUUAAUGAGACACUGAAGUAUGUCAUCAGUCAGUCACAGCUGGAAACCAGGACCCUGCAGAUUUCUGUCUGGCACUAUGACAGGUUUGGGCGUAACAGCUUCCUUGGGGAAGUGGAAAUUCCAUUUGAUUCCUGGAACUUUGAAAAUCAGGGCGAUGAGUGGUUUGUGCUCCAGCCCAAGAUGGAGGUUGUGACAGAUUUUGGGCUUCAAUACAAGGGAGAACUGACAGUGGUUUUACGUUAUAUUCCUCCAGAUAGAAACCUAAUGCUUCCUCUGGGGCAGUUUCAAGGAAAGAGAGGCUUCAAAAAAGGAAAAAAAGGAGAUUCUCAUCUGCCAUCUGGAGGCAUAUUAGAAGUCCUCAUCAAAGAAGCAAAGAAUUUAACAGCAGUGAAAUCAGGAGGCACAUCUGAUACUUUUGUGAAAGGAUACCUGCUCCCAGAUGACAGCAAAGCUACAAAACACAAAACUCCCAUAGUAAAAAAGAGUGUGAACCCUCAGUGGAAUCACACCUUUGCCUUCAGUGGCUUGAAUUCAAAGGACAUACAGAAUGUUUGCCUGGAAUUGACUGUGUGGGACAAGGAGUCGCUUUCCAGUAAUAUUUUUUUGGGAGGUGUCCGUUUGAGCACUGGAAAUGGUGUAAGCAAUGGCAAGGAGGUUGACUGGAUGGACUCUCAAGGGGAAGAGCAGCACCUCUGGCAGAAGAUGAUUGACAGUCCAGGAGCUGCAGUGGAAGGGGUGUUAAUGCUGAGAUCCAGCAUGGGAAAACGCAGACUCUGAAAGACUUUAACUACUGAGGGUGCCACAAGUACCCCUGGCUUUAGUGGUGCCCAGGCUCUUGUCACCUUGCCCAUUUGAACAUGAGAAGGGUUGUACCCUUUGCCUUGGAUAUUAAGGCUCUGAGUGAGAUUUUAAUGCAUUCUGCACUUUCAUGCUCAUGUUUUUUUACCCAGGCUUCUUGUGUGAAUUGUUUCUCCUGAAGCCACUGAGAGCUGGAUACCUUGUACAGAGAUCAGACUGGCUUUCUCUGUCCCUUCUGGUGGCUGGUGUGCAGCUGAUGAACAUUCUGCCUGUGGGCUGCUCAGAGUGAGCAAAUUCUCUCGCUGGUCAUUUAGUGAGUAAUGUCAGGUUUAUGAAUCUCCUGGCUCAGAGACAGCCCAGAAGGCAACAGUGGCACAGCACAAGCAGAUUGAGAGUCUGUGCUUUGGUGUUUGUAAUUUAAGAAGCCAUAACGUUAUGAAGGACAAGAAACUGUUUCUUUAUUGUGUUUGCUUGUUGGGCUGUGCAGAGGUGCAGCACAACAGGCUUGGGACCAAACCCAACCAAGCAGGGCCAAUGCUGUGUGCUGCACCCUAGAAACAGACAGCUGGCAGGCAGUGCUGGGGGCCUGGCAUCCUCUGGGUAUUUUAAUGCACGUGUAUAAAAGGCAGACUUGGUUCAUCAUAAUCAAAGAUCCUCUAAUGAAAAUAAAUCAUAACAAAUCCUCCCUUUCCAGGACUACACGAUGCUACUGUGUUUUUCUUGCAGUUGACAGCUCUAGCCAAGACCUUCUGAUGUCAUUGAACAGAGGGAAUAUGUCCACAUGCCAGUUCCCAUCUGAUGUGUUGCUGAGAUGAAACACAUGCUAGGUUUGGACAGUUAGCUAAAACUUGAUUCAACAGAUUGUAUAGAACAGAAUGGGAUUAAAACACAUACCAAAAUGAUUUGCAUAACUGUAAAAUCUUCUCUGAAUGGGCUGUGGUCCUAUUCAGGCCCAUGCACAUUAAUUAUAACCCAAGCAGGACAUUUUUUCUCCUGAACAUCCCCCAGAGGAUGUAGUGAUGAGUAGGUCUUGCCCAACACAAUCUUUAAUCUUAUUAACCUUAACAACUGUUCAACAGUAAUUUUGUGAUUCCUCCAAGUAUAAGACAAAGGAAGAUCAGGAAACUGAGUGAACAGCAUUUCUUCUGAAUUUUCCACAAUUAGAACACAGCUUUCUAUUUAUAAAUUCUAUAUAUAAAUUAAUCAGUGGCAAUUCCUACGUUUUGAUUUUUACCCCAAAGUUUAUUACAAGAAAUCUAGAAUAUGAACUGAUAGCUAAGCAACUACAACUGGAGAUUUUGAUAUCUGUAGUUGUCCUAGUGUACAAUUAUGUACAUGUAUUUAGAGCUGAAUUCAAAACCUUAAAAUGUAACAUUAAUUUCUUUCUUUUUCAGAUAUUUUAUGCUGUUUUUUUGUGGGAGUGGCUGGAAACUGCAGGGAAGUUCACAGCCAAUCUUCUAAAAUCAUAAUAUUAUUGGAUAAAAUAAAGUAUUUAUUAGUGCUGAAAACAGUAGUUUUAAUAAUUUUUUUUUCUUCAUUUUGCAUAAGUUAUUUCAAAAUUCGGAUAUGACUUUUAAAAGUCACUGGAGGUAAUGUUUGCCCAGAUGAAGACUCACCAUUUUCUGAAAUUACCAAGUCAUCUUUGAAAAUGAAAAUUCUCCUAGAGAAUCUCAGAUUUGGAACCAAAUGUCAGUGGUUAGCCAAGAAAACUGACUUACUUUUCCUUCUUUAUAUUUUCUUCAUUUUCUUCUGAAGUUCAGCUCAAAUUGGGUAGUCAGGGAAGUCUAAUUUGCUUUUAGCUUUUAAUUUUUCUAACCUAAAUAAUUCUGUCAUUCUGUGCUGCAGAUGCUGUGAGCUGAUAAAUAAGAGCACAAAUAUCAAGCACACAACAUUUUAUGACCUUGUUCUUAUAAAAAUAGUCUGUCUUUAAGUAUUAAUUUUUUAUCAGUAUCUUCCCAAGUGAAACCAAACCAAGCUUUUGACACCUAAACUACCUCUCUUUAACAGAAUUUUUUUGAGUUGUCUUGGUUGUUUGUACUACAAAGCUGAAUUUAUUUUAGGAACAAUGGCAUUACAUUGACAUAUUGGCACAAAUGUGUUGGGUUUUUUUUUUCUUUUGCUAGAAGUUGUUUCAAACAGAUAAACUUUCUGAAUCUAAGGGAAAUGUUCUUUGAGGUAAAAUUCCAGCUCGAGUUGUAGAGGAACGUUGGUCUGUUGAGUGGUUUGCUCUGAUUAAUUUUGAUGGCGAAAAUGGCAAAAAUAAUAACAAAAAAAGCCCUUCCAAGCUGGACCUUGGAAUAGGCAUUUUUUCAUUUGCCAAACUGAAAAAACUUAAAAUAAUAUUAAAUUGAAUUUGCUUUUGCAUGGAGUACAAGUGUUUGCCUAAUUUCUGAAUGGUACUUCCUAACCUCCUAAGCAUGAAUAUUUUAGGUAAACCACGACUUGGUUUGAAACAAAAAAAAAUUUGUAUUUCACUGCUUCAACUUCUGCCCAAUUUGGUCCUGAGGCAGAGUUUGUGAUGAAUGGACUCAUCUGGGAAGUGUCACCCAGCACAUACAUGGGCUUUAAGCUCUGCCUCUUCUUUCCAAAAUGCCCAAAUGUCACUCUGAGCCCACACAUGAAAUGACAGGCUGCAGUCCAGCUGUGGAAGGAACAGUUUCUCCUGGGAAUGAGCUCUGGCCGAGGUGGUGGUGUUUGCCAUUGGUGGGGUUUGGGGUAGAACAGUGAAAUGACCUCCUGGGUUAGCAGGGACAGUUCUGCAGCAUGGUGCCACACUCACCAGAGCCUCAGGGAGAUGAUGAGCACCAGAUAAACGCUGGAGCCAUUUGGAAAGUUUUGCUGUUCUCUGAUGUUAUCAGCUCAUUUGUAGGAAUCAUCUGAUUUGUGGAAAAUGUCACAUUUAAUUAUGUCUCUUUGUUCUCUUCUUCUGUAAAGGUGGUUUAUGGUUUGGAAAAAGAACAAGAUGAUUAACUGCAGAUGUGAUUUCUUGUUUCCCGGAUAUUUGAAUUAUUUUUCCAUAAUUGUGUGUCAUCAUGUACUGAGUGUUACCAGGCUGAACAAAAAAAGACAAAGCCAGGAAUUAGACCAAAGCCUUCCUUUUCUAUCUGUGUUUAUGGUAUUGAAGGUGCAUGAAUGGUUUAUUCAAACCUAAUUUUUAGGAGGAAAUAGCCACAAUUUUAACACUGAUUCAUAAAACUCCUUCUCUGAGUAAACAGAUACAGCAGAGCUGAUCUUUCAUUAAUUUUUUUCUACAAAGACCUGAACAACUGAAGCUGCACCAGUGGAGAAAUCUGCCCUAUGGUAGAAAAUGCGUUACAAAAUACAUUUUACUCUGCUACAUAUUUUUGUAGCAAGGUUUGUGAUUAAACUUUAAGGGUUCAACCUAUUAAAGAAGAAUAAAAAUGCAACUUUUGCUGUAAAAGUUCAAGUUGGGCCAGUAAGCACAUCUAUAGACAGAACCAAUUACUAUCAAAAAGAGCUGAUGCCGAGGGCUUUCCAAGCCUUGCCAACAGAUUUUGGCAGCCAGCCCUGCUCUCUGCUGGUUUUCUCUAUCAGUGGUAUGGAGGUGGGGGAAGGGACUUCAGGCUUCUAAACCUGCAUCCACGUUGAGAUACCAAAACCAGGGUAAAAUAGGCUUGAAAUGUCCUUCCUGCCUCCUCUACUUCCACCAUGUUACACUUGGGUGAGAUGAGAGGAAAGCUGUAAAGACUGAGGGCUGCUGUUGCCAUCUUCCAAUGCUAAUUCAAGUGCCACUGCUCUCCCUGGAUGCUUUUCAGAUGCCCCAUUUUCAUCCUUCUUUUCCAGCUGUAACGGUUUGAGAGAGAAAGCAUUGGGAUGGUGAGCAUGUUUUGAUCAUGGUACAUUAGACUGGAAGCUUUUUCUUCUAUGCCUCUUCCAAUGCAGAUUAUGCUGAGGCAGCAUGAUUGAAGCAUUUUUAUAUAUUAAUUUUUGAUUUUUCUUUUCCUGACUGGUUAAUCCCUGCUAAAUGCAAUUAUUCUAAAUUGUAUUCUGCAAAAUAUCAACUCAGCUAGAACAGCAGAGCAGCCUUUGAACAUCCACUGGUCCCAGUUGAUAAAGAGAAAUUACAGCAGAGUUUCAUUUUAGUCUGGCUUAAUUUUCACUUCUUGAUGGCUCUGCACAUCACCCAGCUUCAGGAAUGUAAAGUUUGCAGUUUGCUCUGUAGCAUCAAUGAGGAGAAAAGCUGCUGGGUCUCUUACAGCUUUGGAGAAGAGAUCAGAGUCCUGUUUCCACAGCUGUCUAGUUUGUGGGCUCACACAAGACAGUAAGUUGUACCUGAAUCUUUGCAAGGUUCUCUCUUCCCUUUGUUUCAGCAGCCCUGAGCUGGAGGCUCUCCCUGGACAUUGAUCCCCAGUAUCUGGGAGGAGGCAGCAUGCAGAGGUGAUGGGACAGCCCCACUUGUUUUCUUCUAUAUGAGGUUAAGACUGAAAUUUUCCUUUGCUAACACACAGUACUGAUUUUCAGCACCUUGCCACCUUGACAGAAACAAGCAUCUUCUGAGAGCAGACCCAUGUACUCUAUAAACUUUUUUAAAAGGCUGAUUUUUAGUUUAAAACUUAAAAACUAGUUUUUAGUUUUCUACCCCCAGUAAAGUUAACAUUUGAGAACCCUAGAGAAAUGAUGGUGAAUUCCAGAACAGGAUGCAGACUUUCAUUUGCAGUGAUGCCCUUUACCAUAGCUCAGCAGGAGAUGCUGAGAAGCACGCUAACAGAACCUGAGCACUGUGCCCGUGAAUUUCCUCCCUGAUGAUUUCAUGUAUGCAAAUGCUAUUUAAUAAGUGAUAAUAAAUACAGUGUUAAUUAUACUGUGUAUAUUGACACUGGAAACUGAAUCUCAGCUUGCUUUUUAGGUGACUUUUUAGGUUGCUUUUGAAACUUGCCCUGGCUGCAUCUUGACCUUUUAUUUAGAUUAUUUAUUUCAGCAAUUCUACUUUGUGGCAAUAAUAUUUACAUGGCUGUGUGCUACUGUUCCUGACAGCUCUCUGUAUAUUUUUCAGAAUACUUUAAUUAUGGAGGUUUGCCUAAAGCCAAGCAUAUUCAUUUGUUGCAGCAAUUAGAGAAUGUCACAUAUCCCUUGUGCUGCCUUUGUUCUGCUUAAAAUCUGUUGCUAGCAAUUUGUUUAAUUAUUCUGGUGGACAUGAACAGUAGUAGCAGUAAAUGGCACUGCAGUAUGUGAAGCUCUGCCCAAAUUGAGACAAAGCAAUGUUUUCUGCUGAGAACAUUUUUGUACUGUGCAUUGUACAUUGUUUUGUGGACAAAGAUGGCUGGUAAGACAUUUGCAGAUGUUGUCAAAAUUUCUGUUAUGUCUUUUAAAUUAAAAUACUGAAACGUU